AUGACAUAUUUUAUCGACAAUAUUCCUCCUAAAGUUGAGAACUUGCAUUGUUAUUCACAUUACCAAGGUGAGAAUAGAUGCGAGUGGUCACCGAUUCCUAAUUCAGAAAAUAAUCUACAAACCAACUAUAAUUGCACUUGUUAUGAAAAUUAUCAAGGUGCAACAGUAAUUGGCAAGGUAACUAAUAGCACAUGCAAUUUGGACGACCGCCUAAAUUCUGCAACUACAUGCAGUCUCACCAUUUUAAGUUACAAUGUUCUAGGAAGUGUGGCUGUUACAAAGAGUUUGACAUUUAAUUAUAUCAGAAUUCCUUACCCCCCUACUGGUGUUAAAUUUAUGAAGAAUAAGAAUGGAGAAUUGCUUCUUAGUUGGAAUUAUCCUCUGGGCUAUUUUGAUUAUAAUGCCCAUAUGCUGAAAUACAAAGUUCGUUACAAGGCUGUCAGCAAUAGUGUAUGGGAAGAGUUACCGGCAGAAAAGGAUAUUGAAGAAGACACACAAUAUCGUUUUUCAUCAUACCAUAUGGAGCCGUUUGUUAAGUACAUGGCACAAGUGAGAGCUAGACAGUAUGUCAACUUUAGCAAUUGGUCAGAAUCUGCAUAUUAUACCACUGAUGAAGCAAAGCCAGAGAGACAAGUUGAUGCUACUUUCGAGACUUACGACAAAGGUAAUACAAGAAGUAUCACCAUACGCUGGAAGCACUUGGAGAAGAAAUAUUCCAACGGAAUUAUCUUAGCAUAUUAUCUUAUUCUACAAAAUAGUAGCCAUGGUGUCUUACGAUCAACGUCAGAAGCUGCCAAUGAAACCGAGUUCACAUUUAAAGGUCUACAGAAGGAUAUGAGUUACUAUGUGAAUAUCACAGCUGCUAAUUCUGUUGACAAUUCUACCCAGACGAUGCUGUUCAUCAAGGCUGCAAGCUACUCUUAUGAUGUGGUGAUUAUCGUCGUGAUUUUAGCAUUCAGCAUCAUCAUUCUAUUCUCUAUUGGAUUCCUUUCAUGGAAUAAACUAAAGAAGGCAGAGUGUAUGCAGCCGUAUCCUGAACCAAACUUCCUUGAUUUAUCGACAUAUAACUUCAAUAUUAGAGAUGAUAAUUAUAACACCAUUGAGGAACAUGAGAUGUUUGAUGACCUCAAGUGCCAACAACCCCCUGAAGCAGAUCAAGAAAACUUGAUUUCAUUCAGCUCAUCUGAUCCAAUUCAUCCACUCAUUGUGAAGCAGGUGGAACUUCCCCCAACCAAUAUAUUUGAUGACAGCGGUCUUGACCAAUCAAAGAAUAGAGAAAAAUGUCGCUUAAAAUCACCACAACGUAAAAAUGAUUCAUGUGGUCCUUAUGCUAAGUGCUCAAUAACAAAAUGUUCCCCACAGCAUUGUAUUAGCAACUCUAUGGGAUCCCUUGAUACAAGCGGGUUCAAUAGUAGAGACACAUCAUCAGGUCAAACUAAAAGAACCGAGUUAUCACCAUCAAGGAGUAUGCCAGAUAUCUUAUGUGAAAGUCUAAUGGAAAAUAAUAAUUCUUCUGAAAAUGGGUACAUGUUAAUGAACAACAGUGCACAACAUUCGCCUGCAUGUAUGCAGGAAGCACACACUACAAGUGAUGACCAUAUUAACGAUUAUGUGAUAAGAACAUUCUUUCCUGGAAGUCGCAAUCAGUUCAGUGACAGUGCCCCUAAGAACAUGCAGCCUCCUCUUGUCACACCAGAUAUUGGUGGGUAUGUCGAUGGGAGGAACAUAAAUCUACCAAGACCCAGUGUGCCAUCAAAUAAUGCAAGUAAGACCAAGAAUGUUAGUAGUUAUGUAGAUCAUUUACAGUUGCAGCAACACACAAGAGGUGCCUCCAACAGCUCUCCAAAUCUUUUCACCAAUCCAAAUAUAAACAGUCUGAAAGGAAAUGUGAAAUCUGCAAGUGCUUUGCAUGUUGAUAAAGUUGAUAACCAGACAACUUUAAGUGCAGCAAGUUCUGGCUACAUCCCUUCAGCAAUGAUGCCAUCUUUCUAUGAUGGUCCUCCGGGAUCCUCACCGGAUACAGCAGGAAAACCUAUGAAAGGAUCACAUCAAGGUCCUGGUGGUCCAUGUACAAGACCAGUUUCUUCUGGCACACUAACAGGCUCUUUAGUUAAUGGUGGUACAAGAGCUGGUCAACCAGUUACUCAUCUAGCUGAAUCAAGGUUGUCUCCAAAAGGAUUUAAUCUUAGGAGACAACAGAAAAGCAAUGGAUGUAUUCAAACUGCAAAUUUACCAUUGCAUAAAAAGUCAAACAACACCACAUACAUGAAACCGAAUGGUACAUCACGUCAGGUGCCAUGCAACUCUACUAAUCACAUGGCGGGAUCAUCAUCUAGAAAACCUCCGCCACAUUCAUUACCCUUGCAUCACACUCAUUCACCAGUACCCUCAAGGGAUUCUGAACAAGGUUGCAACAGACCAUCACAGCCUACCCAAUCAUCUUCACAAAAUCAUAAAACCCCACAUGGCAAAGAAGUUGAUAGUUCAAGCUCUGUUGAAAAUGGCUAUAUACCCUUAAGGAGUUUUAGUAGUCCAGAAUAGAUGUUCUAGAGUAGUUCUUUCUUUUUUUAUUGUAUACGCAAAAAAUAAAAUACGGUUCAGUAUCUGCUUCAUAUACAGUAUAUGCUUCUGCUUCUGCUUGUAUACUGUACACAACAUCCAGCAGGUAAGGACUAUCUCGGUACAGUGUCAAAUGUAGCUGUGACAAUGCAGUUAAUCCUUAUCUGUGUGUUGAAAAAUAUUGAGAGGAAUGGCUGUAGUUUAUUUUUGACAAGCUCAGUUAUCCACCGCUAAAUGGUGCUCAUUUUCAAAAGUCCUGAUGCUUCUCUUGCCAUUCAUUUAUUUUUUUCUUCAUAUUUACUUAGUUUAAAUAAAUUAUAGUAUAGUAUAUUAUUAUUAUUAUUAUUAUUAUUAUUAUUAUUAUUAUUAUUAUUUUUAUUAU